AGGCAGCCAGGAAGACGGGGGCUCCGGCAGGAGCUCGGCUUAACGAGAUCUUUGAAAGCAGAUAAAACGCUGUGGAAGGCAGAAUGUCCGAAGAUACUGAAGGAAAUGAAAAAGAAAUAGAAAUUGAAUUAAGCAGAAUCAGUGUUUCUUCCUUUGAAGUGGGUGAUCCUGACACAGAGGUAUCAGAUGAAGCUUUGAGUGACAGUGAGACAAUUUCAGAUGAUGUGCCAGAAUCAGUUCUGUCCUAUUUAAACAUUAUACAGAGCAGAAAUCAAGAUGCUGAAAAACCUACAAUGCAAGACUUAGAAGAUGGACAAACUACAAGUAAUGCUUAUGGAGUAGUUUCCUGCCAAGCUUCAGAUCACUUGGCAAAAUGGACUUAUGAAUAUAAUGAAGAUACCAAACAAUCAAAAAAAAAGGUGCUAUUUCAAAUGGAAAAUGAAGACUUGCAGUUUGUUACAACACCUAGUUAUAAUAGUCAAUCCACCAGUGAUGAAGUGGUCACUGAUGACCAUUUUGUUACAGCUGAUGUUGAAAUGAGCAUAAGCCUUACUCAUCGUGAAGUAGAAGAGAAGUGUAGGAAAGAAUUUGAGCAGUGGGAGAAAAGACAAAAGGAGCUUGAAGAUGAGAAGAGGAAAAAGUGGAAAGCUGAGAUGGAAGCACAGGAAAAGCAGAAUGAAGAGGAACACACAAGAAGGGUGCAACAUCUGGAGGAAUUUGAGGCUGAAAGAAUAAAGUUAGAGCUUCUUCAUAAGAAACACCAAACUUCAAUAGAAGAUGACAUACAGAAAGAAAAGAAAACCUGGGGAGACAAAAUGAUGAAACAUGAGGAAUUGAUCAUGAAGCUAGAGUUGCAAAUGGAUGAAGAGAAAAAGGCCUUGGAAGAACAGAAAGCAAAAGAAAAACAACUGGCAGAACAACAGAAUACAGCAGCUGUGAAAAUCCAAGCUAGAUUUAGAUCAUUUUUAAUCCGUAAAAAAUAUGCUCCCAUCUUAAAAGAGUGGAAAGAUGAAAUAAAAAAGAAGCAGAAAAUACUAGAAGAAAUAGAGAGAGAAAUGAAAGAAAAAAAGGAAAAAAUGAAGAGGCGAAUGGAAGAAAAUAGGGAAAAGAACAAAGAGGAAAAAAAGAAACAAGAACUUGAAAGACAUGAAUAUUUGGAACAGAUGUGGCAGCAUGAAGAAUAUGGGAAAAAGAAAGCAAACCUGGGACUUGAGAGAGAAAAAGAGCUGCAAAUAAGAAGAGAACAGAGAAAACUAGAAGAAAGAGUAGAAGUGAUGAAUGAAAAUGGAGAAAACAACAAAGAAAACAUAAAAAAGGAUGAGUCAGAAAAUACAAAAGGAUUAAGUGAACAGAAGAAGGAACUAAAUAAGCAAGCAGAGAAACCAAAAGAGACUGAAGUGAUGGAUGUAACAAGUAAUUGCAUGAUCCCAGCAGAAAUAAAUUUGACACCAACACCAAAUAUGCUAGGCACUGAGAGGGAACACUCUUCUCAAGUAAAUAAUGAGAACAUACACAUGAAUUCAAUAACACAUGUAGAAGAAAGUUACCCACAAACUAGAAAUCUUAAUAAAUCUCCAAACAGUUAUUCUUCAAAGGAUGAGUAUGUUAAUUUUGGAACUAGUGACAUGAUAGAAAAUAAGGCAAGAAAUAUAUGCAGCAGUCCACCAAAUUUUCAGCCAAAUGCUAGUAAUAGAGAAGUCAAAGAUGAAUUUUCUCAGUCUGAAACAAUGCAGAAUUCUGUGUUUCUAAUGGAGGAUGUUAAUGAUGGAGUCCGAGAGACAUGGGACAGAAUUCAAGAUGUAGCUAACUGUUCCAAUAGACUAAUUCUUCCUGAUGAUAUGGAAAAGAAGAGAAUAAAAUGGAUGAACACAUGUAAAUCUUGGUCUAAAAUAUAUGAAGAAAACCAAAGAAGGCAAGCAACUAUAAAAAAACGACCAAGGAAAAGUUUUGCUAGCAAGAUGCCUCCAUUAAGUGCACAAAAGAUAAUUCAUAGUGGCCCUUGGGGUACUCUGCAGCAGGUCACAACACUUACACUUGAAGAUUUGCCAGCUUGUAGCCUCUCAACAUUAUCCAAGUGUUUGAAUCUUCAAGUUUUGACUCUGAGACGCUGUGGACUAGUUGCGCUGGAAGGACUAAGUGGCUGCAAAGACCUAAAGUACAUAAAUGUAGAGGAAAACAACAUUCAAAUAAUUGACUGUGAAAAUCUAGAAAAUCUCUGUAUUCUGAUUCUGAAUAAGAACCAUCUUUCAUCAUUUUGUGGCUUAGAUGGCUGCAUAAAUCUCCAAAACCUUGAACUUUCCUACAACAGAAUAACUCGAAUUGGUGGUCUUGAGUCACUGAGAAAUCUUCAGCAAUUAAUUGUGGACCAUAAUUUGUUAAUCAGCACAAAAGGCCUUUGUGAGGUGCCUACUCUCAUUCACCUAGACUGCUCUUUUAAUCAUCUCACACAAGUUGAAGGCAUUGAGAAUUGUGGUUUACUUCAAAUUCUGAAGUUGCAAGGAAAUAACCUCCAGGAGCUUCCACGACUGGAAAAUCAUGUUCUCCUAAGAGAACUAUAUUUGGAUGACAAUAGCAUUUCUGCUAUGAGAAUGCUUUCUUUAUAUUGGUUGCCUCUAUUGCAGAUUCUUUUGCUGUCUCAAAAUAGAUUAAGUGAGCUUGUGCCGUUACAUUCAUUUGUAAGUUUGGAAAAGCUGGAUAUCAAAAAUAACUGCUUGUCAGACCUUAAAGGUGUCAUUACAUGGUUAAGUGGCUGUCAUAAACUAAGGGAGUUGUCACUGAAUGGCAAUCCUCUUCUCCAAGAAAGAAACUGGAGGCCUUCUUUGUGUCAAGUCCUUCCUAGUUUACAGUUUCUUGAUGGUGAAAUCUCAGACUAUCAUACUUUACCCACAACUGAAAGAAUCAAAGGAUCAGAAUCAACUUUUCUGGAACUUUGUCAAGUUCAAAUUGAAGAAAGUGUUCUACUGGAAAAAAAGGCUGCUGAACUGGGAAUUACCUCUUCCAUUGACUCUGCACAAGGACAAUGCUGGUAUUUUAAUCAGUUGAUGAAACUUAGUAUCAAACAUCGAUAUGCACAUGAGCAUGGUGAACUAAACAUUACUGACAGAGAUGGGUCAGAAGCACUGCAAAGUCAUUUAAAGCAAACAUCCACUGGCUGCCUGCAGGAAAAUAACCUCUUUAUCAUGGGUGUGACAGAAAAUAAACAGGUCUUGUUGGAUCCUUCCAAAAGAUGGAUUACUCCUGGCCAUAUUCAGGCCACAUGCUUUAACUCCUCCAUACCUGUGCACCAAAAGGAAAACAAGGAAGAUCAGAGAGUGAAGCAGAAGAGCACUGAAUCUUGUAUUAAUUACAAUGGGGAGAGCAAAGGCAACAAUAACAUGUCAGCCCAACUCAUGUUGCAACAGUCACCAAUAUUAGCAAGGAACAUGGGAAGAGAUGUUCAGCAUUUUGAGAAUGAUACAGAAAGGCUACAUAUGGCAGCGUCAGUGAUACAGGCCCUUUGGCGGCAGUACCAUGCCAGGAAGAAAACAGACUGCACCAAACCAGAGAAUUGUCAGUUUACAGAAGCUUUGAGACAGAAGCAUGAAGCUGCCACACUAAUCCAGGCAUUUUGGAAGGGUUUUCUUCUGAGAAAGAAACUGGCCCGGGCUCUUGCAGCUGUUAAAAGUGAUGAAAUGGAGGAUGACUAUGAAGAAAUAAAUGUGGAUGAUUUCAUGUUCUCUGAUGCUGCAUUAGAGAAGGAAUGGCUAACUCUAGAUUCCACCCGUUUCCCUUCAAAAACACUCCUGCUCUCAAACCAGCUGCACUGGCCAAAGAACCGUUCCAGACCUUCAAAUUCCAGUGAAUAUUCAAGUAGUUUGCCAUUGUCACCACAAGAAGUUUGGCAGUGUGUUAACAGACCGCAUUCCUACUCAGCAGAAAAUAUCCACUUUCAUAACAGCUCAGGGAAGGGAACAAUGUCAGAGCUUUCUGACUGGAAGGAAAAAAAGAAAUUUUCAUUCAUGUCUGAAAGAGAAGAUACAAUUUCAGAGGAAUGGGGUUUUAAGGAUAAUUCUGCACAGCUAAUACUGAAGAGGGCCUAUAAAAUGAAGCCCAAAAAAUAUAGUAAUAAAAACUUAGACCCAGCUGUGCGCCUGGCGUUGUUCAAAAACAAUGAAAAUAAACAUCUCUGUGUGAAACCACCAAGGAAGACACAGUCUAUAAGGGCUGAUUACUUUGAAGGUAAAAAAGAAGAAUUUUCUCAGCUGGAUUCUACUUUAGAUGAGAAGUUACAGAGAAAAGGCUUUACAUACCAAUGGCUGCAUCCACAGCUUUUGGAUUAUGAAGCAGCCAGUUCCAAAAAUACCAAAUGCUGUCAUUUUUUGCCUGAGUUAGAUCCUGUAAUAUGUGACAGAAGACGAAUACAACUUAUGGCAAGCCCCGUAAGCAGAGAAGACACGGAUUUAGACCUGGUUUCCAUGGCUAGUGGAAGUGCUUUGACUGAGAACAGAGAAAAAAAUAAGCAGCCACACAGACACUCAGCAAUAUCUUCAAAAAAGAAUAUGCCUACUCCAGCAAAAUCGUGUUUGGGUCCAUCUCAUAAAGAACGGAUAUCAUUUCGAGACCAUCCAGUGCAGCUCAGCGGAGGAUGGGGAGCAGGCAAAAAAAGGCAAAAGCUUUAAAAUAUUAGCUGA